AUGGAGGGCAAAGGAGAUAGUGAUGAAAUCAAUUUAGAUGAUGAUGAGCCUCUUUUUACUAGUCUCCAUGAAAGUAGUUCAAGUAAAAGGAAGAGGUCUAAGUCUGUUUCCAACAACCGUCCAACCAAGAGUAAAAGUUCAAUUUAUGAAGAAAAAGUUGAUACUUUAUUGGAUGCCAUAUCAUCAAAAAGCACACAAACUUAUCCACAAAAUAAUUUGUCCCUAACAAUAGCAGAUUACGUGGCCAUUGUCAUCAAGUUCCCCGAUUUUCAUGAAGGGUCCAACGAAUUUUCACAAGCAUUGCUUGUCUUCACCAAAAAGCAAAAUCGUGAAGCUUUUAUGUUUCCAACGACCGACAAAGCAAAUAUAAAGAUGGAUAGUGAUGAUUCUAAUUCAUCCAAUGAUAAAGAAGAAUGUGAAAUGGAAGAGGAUAGAGAAUUUGAAAUGUUAUGUGGAUUAGCUUUGCAAGGGAUAAUACUCGCUCGUAACUUACAUUUUCGACGUGGACACACGGUUGCUAUUCGUGAACCUCGUGGAUCGAAAGACAAAUUUAACUAUCUCCACUCACCAUUGCGAAAUAUCAUUGAACGAACUUUUGGAGAUUGGAAAGGUAGGUGGGCGUUAUUAAGAGACAUGCAUGUUAAUUACAAGUACAAGAACCAAGUGAGAAUUGUGAUAGCAUCGAUGGCGAUCCAUAACUACAUCAGAAAAUUCGGUAUGUCCGAUGAAGCGUUUAAUGGUGCACAACAAGAAUCCUACAAUUCCUUACGAGGUGAUACCGAUAGUGAUGUUUACAAAGAAUGUCCAAAUACACGUCGCACGAGCAAUGAUGAUUUAUAUAUGACAGCGAUACAGGAUAUUAUUGCACAAUAUAUAAUCACAUUGCGAAGAUGA